AUUUUCAGUCUCAACACGUUCUUGCUUAUUGCAACACAUGUACAUAUGUAUAAAUAAACCAAUCGCACUGCAAAGAAUUUGAAUUUAAAUACAAGCUAAAGCAGUCGUCAUUUCAAAUGACAGUUGCAAGCCGUGGAAGUGGCGUGUAAUGAGACUGGAAAGACGCAGAAAUUAAUAUCAGGACAAAGCUACCUCGUUCUAAAUUCUUAUGCUGCUUCGUGAUAAAUAUUUCCGAAAGAAAAAUGUCGAACGGUAUUAAAGUGGGGAUUAAACUGAAACCUUUAACUAAACAGGAAAGAGAUAAAAAUUUAUCAAUAAAAUGGAUCGUACAGGAAAACUCUAUUAUUUCCCUGGAUCCAGAAAUAAAAAAACAGAGGAAUAAUGGAUUUCAGUUUGAUUAUAUUUUUGAUAUGAAUGCAAACAAUUCCAGUGUGUUCAAUAGUAUUGUAAAACCUAUUGUUGAUGGUGCUAUAGAUGGUUUUGAUGGAAUAAUAUUUUUUUAUGGUCAAAGUAAUUCAGGUAAAACAUAUACCAUGUUGGGUACUUCAGAAGAAUCAGGAGUAAUACCACAUGUUAUUGAUUACAUAUUUCAUGCUAUUUCAAAUAUAAAUGGACGUGAAUUUUUGUUAAGAACAUCCUAUUUAGAAAUUUAUGAUGAAAAAAUAAAUGAUCUUUUAAAUGAAACAGAAACUGAUUUAAAAUUAGACAAAAAUGACAGUGGGCAAAUAGUCAUUAAUUGUAAAGAAGAAAUUACAAACUCUCCAAAUGAUAUGUUAUCCAUAAUGGAAAAAGGAAUAAACAAUAAAAAGACAAAGACAACUAAUAGGAAUAAAUAUAAUAGUAGUCAUAACGUAUUUCGAAUUACAAUUGAAAGUCAAGAAAUUGGAGGAGAUUCAAAAGAUCUUGUACAAGUAUCACAAUUAAACUUGGUAGACCUUACUGGUUUUGUUAAAAUUCAUCAUAAAGAUCUUACCGAGGAAUGUCAGAUUGAUAUAUCAUUUAAUACUUUAAAAUCACUAAUUGUGCAGUUAACUGAAACACAAAUUGCUCAGAAAAAUACUGAUUGUGAUAACACCAGAUUAACAGAAUUGUUACAGCCAUCAUUAGAUGGUAAUGCUUUAAUAGCAUUAAUAUGUACUGUGACACCUGUUGCUUUAGAUGAGACAUACUAUACUCUACUACUUGCAUCUCAAGCUAAGAACAUUAAAAAUGAGCCACAAAGAAACAAAGUUAUAUCUGCUACAUCACUUCUAAGACAUCAUUCAAAACAAUUAGCUGAACUUCAAAUAGAGCUAAAAAAAAUGAGGAAUGGAAACUCUAUAGAAUUUGAAGAAGUAGAAUCUAGUAAUUUGCAAGAGAAAGAUCACAUUAAUUACUUGUUUGAACAAAUAAAAUUAUUAAAGAGUCAAAUUAUUUCUGGAAGUAUAAAAAAUUGCGAGGAAUCAUCUAAAUAUAAAUCUAGAAGAAUAUCCAAACAGUAUAUACCUAUAUUUCAUACUAAGAUUGGUUUACCAACAAUAAAAGAAAUGUCACCUGAGAAACAAUGCAGAAAAAGCAUUAGGGAAUCAGGCGAUUUUACAAACAAAAACUUUGAAUUACUUAAGUGUAAACCAGAUCAUGAAACCAAAGAAAACGGAAAUAGUACCGAAGAAAAGUGCGUUGAAUGUACAGAAAAUGACUUUAGUAUCGCAUCUUCAAAUAAUAGUCCCUAUGUAACACCUGAAAAGCAAGAUUCUUCGGUACAGACCUUAAGUACACCAAAGAAUGUUUUACGGAAAUAUAUUUUCGAUCUGACAAGAGAUCUUACCGAACUUCGGGAAUUUACAACCUUGGAGAAACAAGUGAUACGCGAAGAAAAUGAUUGUUGCAUACAUGGCCUGGAAGAACGUAUAACUGAAGCUAAUGGAAUUACUGAGUUGUCUUCAAAUUUGAUUAUGCAAUUAGAAGAAGAGAAGGUUAAAUUAACAGAAGAUUUAGAAUUAAAAAUUCAGGAACUGGACGAAAUAAAAAAUGAUAUUCAGAGUCUGAGAUUAGAUAUAGAGAAAUUACAAAAAACUAUUUAUUUACUGACCAAUGAAAAUGUGGAAUUGUCGACUAAAUUAACAAUUGAAAGAGAACGCUUUCAAAAAGUAAUCGAUGAACUUCAUACACGUAUUUCAAACAUUAUGGCUGAGAAAAUGAAUUUAGAAAAUGGUUUAAUGGUUUUGAACGAACAGUUACAACAUGCUCAUUCAAGAGCAUCAGAAAUAUCUAAUGAUGAACAGCUAAUUAUUAAAUAUCAAACCCAAAUAGAUACGUUAAAAGCAGAAAACAUUGAAUUAUCAACUAUCAUUGCAGAGAAAAGUAGAGAGCUCGAAACCGUUAAAGAAAGUAAAUCGCUUUUAUAUGAUCACGACUGUGUAUACAAGGACAAAUUUGCAAUUCUUACAGAAGAGAACAGUAGUUUGGUUGCAGACAAUAACAAAUUUUCUACGGACUUAAUGGAUAAGAUUGAAGAAAAUGACAUGUUGAAAGAACAGUGUAAUAUUUUAAGAAACAAAUUAUCUGUAGCAAACAAUAUGAAUUCUGAUGAAGACGACGUAGACCAACUAAGAUCAGAGAAUAAACAUUUGAAAGCCGAAAUUGUAGAAUUGAAAAUGAGAAUAACAAUGUUAACGGAUGAAAAUACAAAGUUUUCAAAUAAUUUAUUGGAGACUAUGGAAGAUCUUGAAAAUUCACGACAUGAAAAACAAAGUAAUAACACAUUACGUUUGUCCACUAAAAAUAGUGUCACAAAAAUAGACGACUCUACAAUAGAAGUAUUACAAGAGGAAAAUGAUGAAAUAUUGGCAAAUAAAGUUGUAAUAUUGCAAGAGGAGAUUAAACAUCUAACUCGUUUGAAUAAAAAGUUAAGUGAUUUAAAGUUAUCAUCGUGCAGUCAGUGUGCGCAUUUGAAAAAUUUAAACGAGAAUCGUAGAGCUUUAAAACUUGAAGCGACACUUUUAAAUCACAAAUUGGAAGACUUACAAAGAAAAUUUAAUCGCAAAUGUGCCGAUACCGAAGCAUUAAAAGUUAAAGUUAAUCAAGAUCUGAAUUUAAGUUUCGCCGAUUCAUCUUUCAAUACUAGUUUUCCAGAUGGAAUGAAUGUAAGUUUCGUAGAAGAAAAAGUUCAGCAUUUAAAUAACGAACUACAAGCAUUAAAAGAUGACCGAGACAAACUAUCAAUUUUAUACAAAGAGAAAUGUGACGAACUUGAAAAGCUCCACGAUGAAGUAGUUGAUAUAAAGAAUACAGACGACGGUUCUACACCAAAGAAGUCUGGGCUUAAAACUGAAAGUAGAAUCGAAAAGAUCCAAAAAAGUAUCGACCAAGUCAAAGAUGACAUAGAUGAAUUAAAACAGAAUAGUACGAACUUCAGUUCCGUACUGAAUAAAUUUAGGUCAGAAAAGGCAAAAUUGUUGGACGAAAUUAAUACACUGAGGAAUAUUAACGAGGAAUUACAGCAGAAGGUGUCUAAUAAUGAAAUAUCAGCAGUUACAGCUACAGAGAAGGCAGAGAUUCUUGAAAAUGAAGUGUUGAAUAUGAGUAAAGAAAUUGAGCAGUUCUCUGUACAAGAGAAAACUAUAAGAAGCGAAAAACUGAUGCUAGAGGUAGAAUUAGAAGAUUUGAAAGCUGAAAGAGAAAGCAAAGAUAUUCUCAUCACAGGAUUGCAUCGAACAAUCGAUGAUUUGAAUGAAUCUAUUUCAUCAUUGAAACAGGAGUUAGACUUGAUGACUAAUCAAAAGAACGAAUUAAGCAUUUCCACAGAAAUGAUUAAACGUAAAUAUGAAGAUGAAUUAGAGUCAUUUAAAAAACAAUAUGAAGAAUUGGAAAAAGAAAAGUCAGAAAGUACAGAAGCAGAGAAACGUGCGAUAUUGCGGGCAAAAGAAUUAGAAUCAGAUGUAGAAAAGCUUCAAGCGGAUUUGAUAAAACAAGAAAGUCUGUGUAAAGAAUUGCAAAGGAACAUUUGUCAGCUAGAAAAUCUUUUGAAAGAAAGUGAAAAUGAAAAAGAAACCCUCAAGGAAAAGUUACAGAUACUUGAAGUUCAAUUAGUUGAUUCUGAAAAUAAUUUAGUGGCAAAGUAUAAAAAUGAAUUUGAAAGUAUAACAGCAAAGUUUGAGGAAUAUACCAAAGAAUCUGAAAUUAAGUUAAACAAAAUUAAUGAAACGUUACACGAAUAUGCCUCAGAAAAUGAUAAUUUAAAACAGAAACUUACAAAACUUGAGGAUAUUGAGUUACAGUUCAAUGAAAUAAACGAUAAAGGAAAGAAUAUAUUAAAUAAAGAGAAAGUUUUGAUUAACGAUAAUAAAAAAUUGAAAGAAGAGUUGGAUACCAUUAGAGAAUGUAUGAUCAAAGAAUUGAAAUCACUGAAACAUAAAAUAAAUUCCACAGAUAUUUUAAACAAAACCGCGAACGAAAUUUUCAUAAUGUUCCUUCAAGCAAUUAUGACAAAAGAGGAAGAGAUAAUUAAAACAAUGAGAGAAUCAUUCGAAAAGGAUAAACAACAGUUAGAAGAUGAAAAACGACAAAGCGCGGAUGCAGAGAAACGUAUGAUAUUGUGGGUUAAAGAACUUGAAACAGAAACUGAAAAGUUACAAAUGGAUUUAACAAAACACGAAGCUUUAUGCGCAGAACAACAAAGUAAAAUUAAUCAUUUGGAACAUCUUUUGGAUGAAAAUACCUACGAAAAAGACAUACUUAAAGAAAAGAUAGAAGCACUUGAAAAUGAUUUAGGCAAUUUACAGACGGAACUAGAUAAACAAUCCAACGUUGAUAUUCAGCAAAAAGAAGAAGAAAUUAUCGUUGCCCAAAGAAGAGAAAGAAAGGUACAAGAAAGUUAUAAGAAGAAAGAGAUUGAACUUCUCUCUAAAAUGAAAUUUGAAAAAGAAAUGUAUGAGAAAAGAAUAGAAGAUCUUCUUUGCACCAUAGAAAGCUAUAAAACUAAAAGCAUGGAAUUAAAAAGUAAUAUUGAAGGUCUUGAGGCCAAUGAAAAACAACUGAAGAAUAUCAUAGAUGCAAAUUCUUCAGAAUUAAAGUUGAACCAUCAGAAAAUAGAUAAAUUGAAUCUUGAUUUUGAACAACUUACAGAAGCCUACAAUGAAGUGAAUCGUGAAGUAGAACAAAAGACAUCACAAAUUGAAAACAUUACAACUCUUUUGAAACAUAAAUGUGAUAUGUUAUCCGAAUAUAAGAAUAAGCUUGAAAUUUUUAUGCCAGAUUAUGAAUUGUUGCAAAGUCAAGUUAAAGAGAGAAAGGAAAGUAUAGAGCGAUAUAAAGAAGAGAUAGAAAAUCUGAAAAUGGAAAAGGAGAAGCAAAUUACAAUAAUUAAAGAUAAAUUAAAUUCUGAGGAAAUAAAGAAUAUUGGUUUGAAUAAGCAAUUAAACGAAUUAAAUAACAGAAACAUAGCUUUGGUUGAGGAAUUGGAUAAUCUGAAAGAUAAAUAUGAAGAAUUGCAACAGGCAAAUACAAAAUUAGAAAGAAAGAUAAGGAACAGUACAAGUAAGUUGAAAGCUGAAGCAGAAAUGGAGGAAUUAAAAGACCUAAACAAAAGAUUGCAGAAUAAUUUAGAAGGAGCAAGUAAUCGUAUAAAUGAGAUGCAGGAUAGUAAAAAUAAAAUUUUGAAAGAAUUAGUCAAUUUGAAAGGACAAUAUGAAUUACUGUCACGAGAAAAUAUUGAAAUGAAGAAAACUCUAUCAUCGUACAAACAAAACAUUCCGUAUUUAUCUGUAGAAGAAUAUGAUGCUCUCCUUCAAGAGAAGAAUAAAAUUGCAUUAGAAUUAGAAGGUAAAAAAUUGUUGCUAAACCAAAGAGACAGGGAGAACAAAGCAUAUGUAAGUCAGAUAAAAGAGUUGACUGCUAAAAAUAAAGAUUUUAAUAAUCAGUUAGAAAAAUAUAUUGCUAUCAUAAGUGAACGCGAUACAGAAAUUUCUAAUUUAAAGGAUAAACUGAAUGUUAACCAAACAGAAAAUAAAUUGGCAAAUGAAUUAGAAGAAAAAUUGAAACUUUUAGAUGAAAGAAACAAGAAACUUGAGGAUCAAUUGCAAUUGCAUAAUGAAAAAGUUUUACAUGUAUUGAGGAAAGAAAAUUCCGAAUUAUACAUUAAACUUAAGGAAUACAAGAAUAAACUAGAUUUGAAAAGCAGUACCGGUAGUUCAAGAUCAGUUAGUCCAGCCUUUGAGAAUACUAGACGGAGACAUAGCAGAAAUGAGAUGUUUAAUCAAAGAAGACAAUUAGAAAUUGUUGACAUAGAUGUUAAUGAAAAUGAAGAUACCUGUCAAAUAUUGAGGAAAAAAAUUCAAGAAUUGGAAUUACAAUUAGUAUCAAAAGAUGGUCAAAUUGCAGCAUUAGAAAUUCAAAUCCAAAGUGAAUAUUUCCCUUAUCAGCAGAAAUGUAAAGAACUUGAAGAAAAUUUGUACACAUAUCGUAAACGAACAAGUGAACUUAAUUCUGAAUUAAGAAAACUUCGAAAGACCAUAAAUGAUAUUGAUGUAUGGGAAUGCGACAGGUGUAGACGAUGGCAAAUUAAUAAAAGAGAAAAGGCUUGUCAAACAACCUGUAACAAUACAUCACGAUCUCUUAAUAAUGGAAUAAUAGAUGAUCAUGUUAAAAUAACGAAACUGGAAAAGGAAAAGGCAUUAAUAAAAGAUUUAUGCCAUUCACGAUGUCGACGAAUAAAAGAAUUAGAAGAUAAAGUAAGAGAAUUAGAGGAACUUCAAGGUACAUCAGCCUUAAAGCCUGUUGAAUCUUUGCAAGAGAAACAGCAUACUUCUUCGAUGUACUUCAAUAAAUAUUUUGACUUGGAGAAGAAUGUGAAACCAGAGAUGAAAGAAAACAUUCCAACGACGUUAAUAGAACUUACAAAUCUUUCAAAUUAUAGACGAAGCAUAUGGAAUAAAUAUUGAAGAUGUCUUCCAGAUUCUUAAAACGAAAAGUAUUAUUAAAUGCAAAAGAACUACUGUUCAAGUAUUACAUUCAUUCCUUCUGUUCUUGAAAUAAUGUAAAUAGUUAUAGAAUUAAGGUAUUUAUAUUGAAGGCAUUAUAUUUUUGUAUUUUCUUAAAAAUAGUGUAAAUAACAAUGAAACCGAUUUUUAUAUACAUAUUACGACGUUAAAGGUGGCUAAAUAGGUGUUGUAUUUUCAUGCCAUCUUUAUAUAUAAUCUGUGAUUCAGAAAAAUAUUCAUAAUAUAAUUGUAUAAAUAGUAAUACAUAUAAAAUGUGCCAUACAUUCAUUCCUCUUUUCAGAUCUUGAUUAAAAAGCAACAGUAAAAGAAAAGAUGAAUUUAUUUGUUAUAAUAUAAAUGAAAAUUUGUUUAAAAAUAAAAAUUGUGUACUUAGAAUUAAUUGUUAGUACCUUCGACACGCGUAUUCUGUGAAUUAAAU